GACGUCAAUACCAGAAGGUCAGACGUGGAGUUAUCCGUGCUCAGGCCAACUGGAGAAUGCUUCGACAGAAACGGGAAUAUGACAAGAUUAAAGCAAUCUUGGAGAGGAAGAAAGAAGCAGACCGGCUUGCAAUGGAAAGGGCUAAAGAGCGUGCUGCUCGUGAGGAGAAGGAACGUGCAUCUCGUGCUGUAGCUGGUGUUAAUCAUCUCGAGAUACCUGCUGAAUUAGCAUUCAUAUUCAGUAAACUUGACGAGUGGCAGUGUACUCACACUGAUCGUAACGUCAUCAAGGCUGUUGGUCAGAUUCCACCACCGACGAUGUCACAGUUGCGCCUGCCCCGUGAUAUUGACCAAUACGCCUUCACCAAAUUCACCAAUAUCUACUUCAAGGCUCACAUCUGGGGGAUGAAGAGGGAACCAAUCAAAACAUCGUUCCUGGCGAAAACAAAAGAAAGUGAUUAUCAGGACUCUCUCGCUAUCUUCAAACUGAUUCUAAGAUUCAUGAACGACAACAACCUGAGUGGGAAGAAGGAGCGGGCCCUUGCGGACUAUGUAGUUCAGAAGGGACUGAUAAACGAGAUUAUGAGAGACGAGAUCCUGUGUCAGCUGUGUAACCAAACCUGGAAGAAUGAAAACGAGGCAAACAACGAACGUGGCUGGCUGCUUAUGUCCAAUUGUUUGAGCUGUUUCCCGCCAAGUAAAACUUUGUACAAGUACCUACUGAAGUACGUGUCCGAUCAUGCUUACGACGGCUACAAAUGUCACUGUCAACAGAAAUUGUUGCAAAGCGAAGACGUGGAACCCCAGAACGCCCGCACUUACCCACCAACUUGGUUGGAAUGGAAAGCGAACACCAGGAAAGCGAACAUGGCUCUGGAGGCGAAGUUCGCAGACGGUGGCGCUGCGUAUGGUCCCGUGGAAUCAUGGACAGUUGGCGAAGACUUUGCUUCUUUUCUUCUGAAAGCUAGGGGUAUCGACGAAGGAUUUGGCUGGUCCGUAGAGUUGCUGGAUGACGGAAACGUGUAUGAUUUGAAUGGGAACGACUACGUACUCGAUUUAAUAUCCGAGAUGGAGAUACCACCAUCUUUUCCAGUGUGUAAAUCCUAUUUCACGGUGUCUCCGGACCGACAGAAAUCCGAACUAAUGCAGCGUAAACCAGCUUGGGCUAGUUCGCCUCAUAAUCCGGAAAAAAUAAAUACUUUUGAAAUAGACAUCCAAGAGGCGCCUCCAGCACCAGUCCGUCACCAUCCGACUAAAACACCACAUCUGGUGAGCGAUGGUGUGGUAAGAUCAGAGCGUGUGGAACGUGCUCGUCAGGAACUAGAAAAGCAAGCGAGGAAACACGAGCGAACUUUCCGUCAAGACAGACAUCAAGAGAACGUGGAACCUAAGAUCAUCCAUCAAAGAUCACAAGAACAAUAUAGAAAAGCUAUUUAUCAGCAGAGAGACCUACAGUCGGAACACGAUAGUUUUGACUUGUCUGUUCAGCACCAACAGCACAUAUCCAGGAAAGAUAAAUUGGCCCAUCUGGAAAAAGCUCAUCAGGUGGAACAAGAACUUACUGUACAAGCAACAGCUGGCCGGGGAUCUGGACCCAGAGAAACAAGAGACAACACACAGUCCCAGAUGGAACGAAUAGAAGUCAUGGACUCAUCACGGUCUUUGUCUCUUGAGCGAUUAACGGAAGAUGGAGGAGCAGGAGAUGGAGGAACAGCCUUGUCCAAAACGAGCAUUUUGAAUGAGAGAUAUUAUUCUUCUCGCAAAGAAGAAGAAAUUAAAGGUGCUUCUCAUGUUAUGCGUCAGGAAGUUAAAACAUCUCUGUCUCCUCAAGAUCUUGGCCUGUCCAAAACUAGUAAACUCAACCAGCGGUAUGAGAAACAAAUUGAGACUGAAGAUCCGAGGGAGGGCCUUUCCAAAACUAGCAAGCUAAAUCAAAGAUAUGAACAAAGGGAACCUGAAGACCCUAGAGAUGGACUUUCAAAAACUAGCAAACUAAAUCAACGAUAUGAACAAAGGGAACCUGAAGACCCUAGAGAUGGGCUUUCAAAAACUAGCAAAUUAAAUCAGAGAUACGAACAAAGGGAACCUGAAGACCUUAGAGAUGGACUUUCAAAAGCUAGUAAACUAAAUCAACGCUAUGAAGUACAAGCAGAAGUAGAAGAACGUAGAGAUGGUCCAUUAAAAUCUAGGAAUCUAAACCAGCGCUACGAGAAACAAACCACAGUUGAAGAAGCUUUGUCUAAAACAAGCAAACUAAACCAGAGGUAUGAAAAACAAGGAGAAGCUGAAGAUUCUAGAGAAGGCCUUUCUAAAACAAGUAAACUAAAUGCUCGCUACGAUAAUCAGGUUGACCCACUAUCUGAAACCAGUAAAUUAAACAAACGGUAUUUGCAGACGAAAAUGGGCACUGGACGUGGAAGUUUGGAAAGACCGAGAGCUCCGCCUCCUCCACCUCCAGAACCACGUGAGCCAACACCUCCUCCAAAUUCAAGUAACGAACCGUGGGUUGGGCAACUUGGUCUGGCCUCUUCAGCUUUGAAUGAUCGUUAUUUUAGCCAGUUAGAUUUGACAAGGUCUCAACCGCCAAGAGAAGGAAGUGAAAUUAGUAGCAGAAAGCUUGGACCCGGUAGUAAGAGGAGUUCUAGCCUUCAUGACGUUAGUCUGUUGAAUGGGCAAGGACGAAAAUCAAACAACUCCAGCUAUCCUCCAUCAGGAGUCCUACCAGGUCGAGAAAGAGCUUCCAGUCCCCAACCUUCUUCCAAUGGCGGAGUCGACUUCCCAGAGCUGGACUUCACACAGAUGAGUACAAGGGAUUCGGACCCAGAAGGAGACCAAGACACAUCACCUUAUAGCAGGACAACAGAGUCCACCCGCUAUGUGAAAUACAUCUCCAAGAAACCUCAACCCAGUCAAUAUUCCCACUCCACUAAAGCUCAUAUAGGCCGAACCAAGGAAACGGAAUACAGUGGGGUGCGGAGUUCGGCCCUAUCAGACACUUCGGAGGCUCCUUCCCUCGCAUCUCACGUCAGAAAUGUCCACGUGCCUUCGCACGCUUCCGACCUCGACCAGUAUCUAGACGAACUUUUCAAUCCCGUUUUAGACGGGAACUUGGAUGAGAUGAGUGAUGCACGAUCUUUAGCUGCAUCGAUCAAAGGACGAGGAUCAUUCCUUCAAAAGUCCCCUGGAAGGCCAAAUACAGAGCUCUCCUCUGAUCAUAUAUUAACAGAAAGAUCUAUUGAAGACAUGUUUGAACAGAUUCUAGACGAAGAUCUAGCGGGAUUAACAAAUCCCGAUCUUAUGGUUAAGGCAUUAAAGGGAGGUGGAGACCGUAUGGCGCCAUCUGGCAGCACCAGUCAGGCUUCUGAUGACGUGGAUGAGUACUUGGACGAUCUCUUCAGACCAGUUUUAAACUCGGAUUGUGAAGACUUGACUGAUGCAACAGCUGUAGCCCUAUCACUUAAAGGUGGUGGUCAGACUGGUGGAGGCGUGGAAACGCAGGUCACGCCAACACCUCACCUAGGCCUAAACUACAGCGCCCCCAUGGGACCAAACGCAGCAUUAGGUAUGCAGUCUCCAGUGUUUAACAGUUCUUUUCCUGGCCUGGGGGCGACAAUGGGUGCCCCAACAGUGAAUACAAGUAUGCAAACUUUCAAUAUGGCCGGGAGCCCUCUACCACCACAUGCUGUCUCACCACUACCAGCUCUUCAGCUGUCAGUUCCCCAAGUCUACAACAUGUCGGGUAUGACGGUCCCAAUGAUGGACACGUCACAGCUCAUCCAGAAACAAAUCGUCCAGCAGCAAAUGAUGCAGCUCCAGCAGAGGGCGUUCUUGGCAUCAGCCGUUCAGCAAAACCUUCAGAUUCAACAACAACUGAUGCACCAAAACCAAGCUCUUCAGCAGAUGCUGCACACGAACGUGGUUUCGCCGACUUCUCCCCCUCAAAUAAGUAGCCCACUUCCUAACCAAACCCCCUUGCCCACAGAUGGUUUUGCUACCAACUCUAUGACUCCAAUGCCUUUGUUCUUACCAACAGCUACUGGAUUUCCAUCUGCCCUUUCUCCACAACAGACUUUGGGCACAGACGUAAUGACCCCUGUUCUUCAGACUGCUCCCGUAGCGCCUCCCCCUCUUCCACCUAAAUCAACCCAAAUGCCUAUGACACCCGCACCCCCCUUGCCGGAGAAGACAACAUUGGGGAAACGACCAACUACUCCCCGAGAUGUCUUCAGUGAUGUGUUGUCAGAACUCAAAAGUCGAGCUGGAGGGGAUGAACCGCCCCCAGUUUCGCGUCCUCCGCCACCAAGAAUGCCUGGGGUUCCACCUCCAACUACAAAAGUCGAGCUGGGAGGGGAUGAACCCGCCCCCAGUUUCGCGUCCUCCGCCACCAAGAAUGCCGUGGGGUUCCACCUCCCACCCCCGCCUCCUCCUCCUCCACCCCCACCACCCCCACCUCUGCCUCAAGAUGGACAAGAGAAGUACACAGAUAUUUACAGCAGGGCUAAGACAGUUCGGAUAGGACGCUGGCGCUGGCCACCACCGCGAGGAGAAAAUGAUGCAGAGACUAGUUAUUUCCAGUUUAAAAUGAAGAAACAGCAAGAAAAAUUGGAUCGACAAGACCAAGAUGAACAAACUCGCGAUGAAGCAGAGGAGUUCGUGGAGUUUCCCGAAAUUCCAGACAUGACCCAGGUUGAGCCACUAAAUAACCAGAUUCAUAAGGCAGAAUCUGUAGAGAGCUUUGAUGAGAGGAUUGUUGAGACUAAGAAAGCUACACCUAACAGACGGCACAAGUCUUCAGAGGAUAAAAGUGACAAAACCUUUGAAGGUGACGAGAAAUCCAUGCCAGGUAGCAUAGGAAAACUUCGUAUUAGCUCCGAGAUGAAAGCCAAAUUAGAACAGUUAACAAUGGACCAGAGCGUGCGGUCAUCACACAAGGAUUCCAGAAGUAGGGCAUCAUCUGUGUCCAGAAGUAGAGAGAACUUAGCCGACACGGGAAUCAAGAAAUUGACAGAGAGUAGGAGGACCCUUCUGGAGCGGCAGUUGGUUGGUGAUUUUGGACGAGAUGAAAUUGACACUGCCCCCAGAAGUCGCUCAGAUCGCAGAGUUGGAUCAGAAGACGGGUUCAUUUCCGUGGAGACAGCAGUCACAGAAGGAUUUGAUGACUUCGAGGAUGAUAUUACAGAGACUCACGAAAGUAGCCAGUUCUUGGUAGAAAACCUAGUUAAAGAUCAAGUGGAGAGAAUGGAGAAAAGCCGACGAGACAUUCGUGAACAGCAGGAAGAACUUGGCUAUCCAAUGGCCCAUCCCAUGCUUGGAUAUCCUCCAGGAGACUACCGACAACGUGAGAGCCAGAUAUACCCACCAAGUUCUAUGACUGAGAAAGCAUUUGAUCAGUCCAGCCAGGCUUCUCGCAGUUACAUCUAUGAGGAGAGUCUGGCUUCAUCUAGAAGCAUGCAGAACACCCAUGCUGUCCCACAAACUGUGUACCAACGUGGAGUAGAAACAAGAAUGCUGUUCCCUUCUAUUCCCAAAGAUCAGCAACGUUUACCACCACCGAUUGGGCCCACACCAGGACCCGUUCCGCCCACUCCGCCCUCUAUCGAUGCUUCCAGUAGCUACUAUACACCAAGCACACCCGUGGUCCCGAGGCAUCGAGUUCCUCCUGCACCGAUAUCGCCACCAGUCUUCCUACAGGACAAAGCUUCGUCUGAGAGGAUAGAAUUUGAAGAAAGUUCGGAAUUCCUGAAGCCAAUAGAUGUCGCUCCACCUCCCACAAUGGAUACACCAGAACAAAGAACGUUAGAAAGUAUCAAAACCAAACUGCAUCCCAAAACUAACGCACCUUAUUUUUGUUACACCAAAACACCGUGGCAACUUCGCGUCAGAAAGGAGAUAUUCACUCCUUCUGAAAAGCUGGACAAUCCUCUCGUGCUACAUUUAAUUUUCUGCCAGGUUGUUCAUGAUGCACUUAGCAACUUCUGCAUUAGGCUUAACCGCGAAGAACGAACAAAGGUUCAGCAAGUGAUCGAAAGCUACGGAAUCACCCCAUCUAAUCUGCAGUCAGCCAGCUUAAAGUUAAGUAUGAAGAAAAACCUGGUAACCAUGGCCCGUGACUUGCCCCUUUACUUCUCCAGGAUAUAUCCAGUUUCGGGUGGUCAGAACUUACCCAACGUCCAGUUGUUAGCUGUUUCACACUCGGGUGUAAGGCUUGCACGACGAGAACGAAGUGCCGUAUGUGAUUAUCUACAAAUGCUGGACACCAUAGGUUUCGAAGACAUUGCUGAGAUUGCUGUUCCAAGGACAAGCACAUUACAAAUAUUACUGAAAAACGGGGGGUGGAUGACUCUCUAUUCCCACAAGGCCGAGCAAAUUCGAGGUUUGAUUGACCGAUUUUGUAUAGAAAGUGCUCAAGGGGCGUAUGAGUACGUCCAAGCUGUGGCUGAUUACAUCACUCAAGAAUCGACGCUUCUCAGUUUCCAGAAAGGUGACAUAAUCAGGAUAGUGAAACACAAGAAUCUGAAUGUGGAUAAAGGUUGGUUGUUUGGUGUGCUUGACACCGGCGAGACGGGUAUAUUUCCCUGUGAAUAUGUGAUGCCACUCGGACAGCAGGAGAUGAGACACCUGGGAAACAGAAUGGGUGAUAAUAUUCGAAGUGUUCCUGAAGAGACUGCACCCUCUGUAACGACCCAGCGAAACGACAAUCGGUUUGAGCGUAAGGAAGACCCGAGUGCGUCUCAGUGGGUGGAGACGAAGGAAGUUGCAGACAACGGUACAGAAACGAUCCAGUUGAAUGAUGGGAAAUACUCUGUUCUUCAGUUUGCCCUCUUCAAUUUUCGGGAAAGCUUGGACAAGUAUGAAAUGUUGAAGACAAAAGAUGGUUCUAUCCGUGGUUCAGUCAAACUCAUUGAAAGUAUAAAGAGCAAGAAGAAGGGAAAGAAACAGAAGGACAGUGAUUGGACAUGGAGAGAAAUUGCAGAUCUGGUAAAGUUUUCCAAGUCACCCAUUCAGGCAUCUUUGUUAAAACUUGAAACCAGCGAGUUAAACAAACUAGCCCUUGAGAGUUUUGUAGCGGUUAUGAGGUACAUGGGAGACUACCCUCUAAUGAAGAAUCAAACUGAAGUUGAUUGUGUUUAUAGCAUCCUUCAGAACUGCCAUAAACAUCCUCCUCUGAGGGAUGAGGUGUACUGUCAAAUAAUGAAGCAAACAACAAAUAACAAGAGUUCUAAACCGUAAGUUAGACUUCUUUACGUCACGAUG